UCUGGCACAUUCUUAACAAAAAGGCGCCGGCGUCAGUUUAGUGAAGUUGCUCGAAAUUUCCAACAAAAUUCCAAAUUAUCUCUUAAGUAAAGCAAUAUUUAAUAAAUUGUGCGAUGUCGAUGGAACAGCUAAAAUCCGAUGCGGCCGAGUUUGCUGCAUUGCUGGAACAGGCAAAAAGCGCCCGCGUCAAAGGUGUGCUCACCACAGGAAAGGCAGAGGUGGAGCGCGAGAUUGUCAAUCUGGAGAUGAAGGCACGUCUGGCCGCCGAGCGCCAGGCUUCUGGCUCGAGCGAUGCUAAAAGAUAUCUGCAUGAGCUUACUGACUACGGAUGGGACCAGAGUGCCAAAUUUGUCAAGCUCUUCAUCACACUGAAUGGCGUGCAGGGCUGCACCGAAGAGGCGGUCACCGUCAACUAUACCGAGACUUCGCUGCAGCUCCAUGUGCGCGACCUCAGCGGCAAAGACUUUGGUCUGUCGGUGAACAAUCUUCUGCACGCGAUUGAUGUGGAUAAAAGCUAUCGUAAGAUCAAGACCGACAUGGUAGCCAUCUAUCUUAAGAAGGCCGAGGAGGGCGUGAACUGGGAUGUGCUCACCUCCAUUCAGAAGCGCCUCAAGCAGAAGCAGGAUACCGAAAUGACCAAGGACACCGAGAAUCCAGAGUCAGCGUUGGUCAACAUCAUGAAGAAGAUGUACAACGACGGCGACUCCAAGACGAAGCAGAUGAUUGCCAAGGCCUGGACCGAGAGUCAGGAGAAGUCGCGCAUGGGCAAGGAGUUUGGCGGAGGUGGUCUCGACGCACUCGGCGACCUUUAGGGCCUAUAAGGCUGCACCCACGCCUGUCGUCUGUCCAUUGCUCCGCUCCACUCUAACUACGAGCCGCAAUAAACAACAUACAAACACCCAAUUAUAUUUUCGUACUGCUGCAAGGGCGGCUUUUAUAUGUACAUACAAUAUAUACAUACCCACAUAUAUUUAUAUACAUAUAUAUAUAUAUAUAGAGGUGGGCACUCUCUGCUUUCCGUAGAUGCAUACAUAGUAGUAGGUACAUAUGUACAUACAUACACACUUACAGAUACUUACUUACAAUUUGAGGAUAAAUAAAGUCCCCGAGUGUGGGAAUUAAGUUGUGGAUUGAAAGCCUUGGCUUGUGCGUUGCCUGUUGGUUUAUAUAUUUGUAUAUAGGCGUUUAUUAAUUAAAUUCUUGUGAUUAAAAUCAA